AUGACUAAAAAACUCAAUGUAAGGAGGGUGGAUAUGAGGCCUAUUUCCGAUCCCUCAUCUUUGCAAUCGAAUGCGACACAGCAAGACGAUCAAGCACUUAUUACAAUCCGAAAGGAUUGUGAUGUCCGCGAAGAGCGAUGCAUUUCAUUGGCGCAAGUGGCGCAAUUCAACCAAUCGGCCAUGUUCCAGCUUUUUGGCGUAGCCCCGAUUAUUCUUCAAAAUGGAGAGGCUGUGAAUUUGACUAGUACAGAUCUGGUCCACGUCUUGGGUGCGCUCUGUUUGAAAACACCAGCUGCUUGGUAUAGCCUCGUUACUUUUGUUCUUAAGAGCAGCAUCGACCUUAUUACCUUAGCUGCCCUUGACCAUAGCACCUUGCUUUCCGAGGCGGUCUCGUUAGACGUUCUUCUGGAGCUGUUCUAUAGCACAGGCCUCCUCGGUCUAUCUGGAAGAGCUUACUAUUGUGCAACGCAUUUACUUACUCUUGGGUCUCACAGUAUCUUUGGCUCUGGUAAUGUUUUGCUUGUGGUGAAAGGUGGACGUGAAAUCCUCGAGGACCUGGCCAUGCCUCCUUCAGCUCUGCAGCGUGUUCGCCUUGUGGCCUCUCCGUCAACCAGAAGGAGGAUGGUCAAACUGACGUUGCCACCCUUCUACGUUGAGGCCAAUUUGCAACCAGAUCAGGCUUUUAGUUCUGCUCCUUCUACAAGUCAAGUCAAGGAAUUUGGUCUCAUAACUCGUGUAACUUCUACAUCGUUUUCAGUUACUACAACCUCCUGCAUUUAUGCUAACCUCGCCUUGGAUCUUCUUCCAUAUAAUUGUAAUUCAGGCAUAGCCUCUGUUGACCCUUUUUCAGUUUUGCUGCAGGGUGUGCUCCUUACUACUGAACCGGUGGUACAACAAGCGUCCUCGGGUACCCAACGUGUUGUUACAUCUGUUCGCCUUUAUCCCACCUACUUGAGCGAGUUUGUGGAGAUUCUGUCUAUAGAGCCAUGUGUUCCUUCCAGCGGAGCUUCUGCUCAUACUAAAAAGCUAGAGGAUCAGCCAUUGUCUAUCAAUCAGUCGCCUGCUUUCACCGCCCACGCCAGCUCCACCAAGGCUGAGAAAGUUGAGCCGUCAAAGGCUCUGAGAGACACAUUUUGGGCUGCAGUUGCCCUCCGUGUUACCGUUGCGGGCUAUAGCUUUAUUAUUCUGGCCAUUAGCAGGCUAUCGCGGCUAUUGUACGAGGUUCUUGUACAAAUAGGAUCACCUUUGUAUUGUCUGUGGACAGCCUCUAACCUAUGCGUUAUGGAUUUAUAUGUCUCUAGCGAGACCCCGUCUCUGCUACCGUCGUGGAGCAUUCGAGCAUCCUCUUUGCUUCACACUGGCUUACUUAUAGUUGAUAUUCAGCUGCCUAUUCGAUUCUAUGGAAAAGUUGACAAUGAUACCUCUGACUUGUUAUUAGAAAUAGCAACUACGGGCCGUGAGCAUCAACUUUUCAACAUAUCAGCUGCACAGUAUAAAAGCCUGAUCGGUUUCAUUACCAGAACUGCACCCGUUUCCAUUGACUUGGACGUCAAGACCAUAACCUCACUGUGGUCUGAUGUACGUGUAGCUCAAUUCUCCGCCACUAAUCAGCAUAUCACUAGCAAUAGCCUUGCCGCUAGCAAUAUUAGCAAAUCCCCGCUGCUUUACUCGCAAUCCUUUGCAGGAAUAUAUUCGCACUUAUCUUGUCUUCCCGGUGUGUCUUGUCAGAGUUGUUCAUCCGUGGAAGAGCACGAACUGCUUCUUCGCACUGGGGAGGUGUCCUGCAGUCUGUGCGGAGGUCUCAGUACUUGGACUGCCGUUGUCUGUGCACACGUAGCCCGCUUUACUAUUCCCGUACCUUUCGAAGUUAUUUGGUAUGCUAACGCGCCCUUGGUCUUCUUAUCCAGUAACACCCCUCUAGGUGGAGAGCUUAGCCCAGGAAAUUCUAAUGCUGUCCGCGAAAGGGUGCUUGAGGCCAUGCUUUCUCAUGGGAUCAAUAGAAGCAAUUCUUCGGCUCCCUGUGUUUUUGUCCAUACCAACACGCUCAUGUGUGCUAUUCUACGAUACAUUUCCUUGUCUGAGAGAGCAGGAUCUUCGCACUUAGCAGACUCCAGUGAUUUUCCAAUUCUAGAAGAAGGUGAUUCUUUGUUAGGACAGUGCACUUGUGCUGAGUUAUUCUUUAACGGCAAGAGCAUAUGCCUUACUGAAAUAGAAGUUAUCUCUCUGCGCUGUAAAGGAACUGGCUUCAUUUCUUUCGACACCAGUUUCACGCCCUUGCUUCGUGAUGAACAGACUCCGGCGAAGCCCGUUUUGCCUGCGAUUUCAUCUGUCCCCGAUUUGCUUAUAGAUGUCCCUGGCUCUCCUGCUAAUCCGUUUCUCAUAAGUAACGGUAUCAAUCUGAGUACUCCGAAGUAUUACUUUGAUCAGAGCCCAGAGAGUCUAUUCGAUCCCACGUUUCUGGAGGAGGCAUCGAAUCCACCUUCGCCUUCUACUUCUAUUUGCCUAUCUCAGCAGCAGUCCUUCUCCGUCCCGCAAUUUAAGACCUCUGUGGAACAAGGACCUUCCGGUGUGUACCAUCGUGUCGACUCGGGGUUACUAUUUCCAUUGACAAACAGUAAUAGCAAUAGCAUGCUGUUGUUUCCGGCAAUUGAUGCCCCGGCCCCCGUUUCGAACAACCCCUUUAUUACCUCUAGCGCAGUCUCCACCCCAAAGAGGACCUUCUUUCCUGUCAUUACAAAUAUCACUGAUGUGUCAGAGUUAUCAUCUGAUGUGCGUACGCACAGCUACUUGAAUCCGCAGACAGCUAGUGAUACGACCCGUACAAACGGCCUUUCCUGCUACGACGAAAACCACUCCACAACUGGUAGCUUCCACGAGUCUGUAGACCUACUUGCUACGCUUGAUUGUUCACGCCACUUGUUCUUUUCUCAAGGUAUGAGUAACAUCUCACUAGAGGGUCUGCGUUCUGUUGUGGGGUAUGUCCGCUAUCAUUUUCCUAGCUUUAACUUGGCCGUCAUUUCAUUUGAGGAUCCUCUCCGGGUAGACGGCUGGGUUCAUUCCCUCGCUAUUUGGACUGUUCCGGCUUCCAUGCAAAACAGUAGGAUAUGCUAUAGAAAGACCCCGUCCGCUCAGAGCAAGCAAGGGAAAAACGUACAUGAUGAUACGCCGGAAUUUAAGCGUCCGUUUUUCGCUAGGGCACGUGUCCGCUGCACAGUUGUGCCAUUUAAUGGGACAAGUGCAGUCUAUAUAGCGUUGGACGUCCGCUUUUUGGACUACUACAAUCCAUGUGACGGAGUUCUGGCAACAAAGGAUCUUUGGGGCAAGAUGAAAAGGGGGAAAAGGCAAGCUGUGGAAGGAGCAGCGACGUCUGCUCGGGUUAUCCACGCAAGUGUGUAUUGGCAGGAGAGUACCAAAAGAGCGGAGACGCACACCUCAUUUGGCUUUGUCCGAUUGUGUAAUGGCUACGAGCGCCAUUUCUCUACCAACACUCCAACGAAUUAUCUGGGCCACCUGGUGACUAUAACGCUUACUUCACAUAAUAAGACCCACAGGAAUACGUGCGAAUUGCAUGGAUCUCUUUUGCGACCACCCAUUCAGCAACAUUGGUUAAUAGGUCGUGUAGUGCUCCUUCUUAGGGGCAAGGAGUGCGAGCAGCUAGGUCAGCACGUUCUGGACCUGAUGAACAGCAGCUUUCGAACCAAAAUAGUAUCUCCUACUAUUGAGACCCCAGGAAAGCUAUCUAAAAUGACACUUGUCAUGGGCUUUAUCAUAACAGAGUACUACCAGAAUACUCACGUGGAUUGCAGCUUCUUUCGCCUUAUUUUACCAAAGUUAGUGGCAGAUCGGCUUGAGGUUGGGAUGCUGUUGCGCUACACCUUGAAGGAGGGAGCAUAUCACAAGGUGAUGGAUAUAUCCGAUAGCCUUUACUCUUCCCCGUGCGGACUUCUUAAUGACAUCUUGGAUGCUGACGAGACCAAGAACAGUGAGCUGUAUGAAUUUAAUGUGCUCCCAAAUGGCACGCAUGUCUAUGUAAUCGACCAAGCCACACCUCCUGAUAUGCUAGAGGGGAACUCUCGAAGACUCUCUUGCUGGGCCGUUGAUAACAUAUCAUUUGUCACUGACACAUUCAAAGGCAGAUACCGGUAUAUCGAAUCCCGCAAGUGCCGAGGCAUAGAGCCAGAGGAGUCCUUCUUCGUGCGCUACGGGCGUUAUCUGUCGUCCAAUCGUGCAACGCUCAUAUACUUGCCUAGGCCAGCCUUAGAAAUACAGCCGUCCUUAUUCUCUCAGUCUGAGAUCUACUUUUACAUGGUGCACUUUGUUUACAACGAGCAGAAGUCAGGCGUAUCAGCAGAGGCAAAUUCACUCGUAAAGAGUGUCACUAAAGAGAGGGUACUCGGACCCAAGGUUGGUCGCAUCCAUCCCUUAAAACUCCCUUGGAUAGGGCACAAUAACGUGGUUUAUCUAUUCAUCCCUGAAUCAAUAAGCUCUAUCAUCUCUUCAACUGAUAUUCUUACUUGCUUACUGCAAUGUGUUGUACCGUCGGAGAAAUUUAGCUUCAAGUCCCCCGAUUAUAUGGGACCGUAUAUCGUUCCCACUAUCGCUCUUCUUAUGCUCCAUAGUAGGCUGUUUGUGUAUGCGCGACAAAUCUUAAAAGUGGAGGAGUUUUCCAGCGCCCAGAGAUGGGCGCGUUCUAUAAUGAAUGGUGUCACAACAGGUUCUAUCCCAGUUGUCGCCAGUGAUGCUCGCCUGAGUCUCAAGUUUACCAGAGAACUAUUUAUGAACGGAGUUGACGCUCUCCAGCUCGAGACUAUAGAAUCCCCAGCAUCCCCCACGACUUCUUCUCUGCAACUUUCUCCGGUGAAAAAGUUUAAUAAGUCUUGCUUCUGGUGCUAUACUGUUCAAACAAUCUCAGUUCGGAACCCCUCAGUACACGCCACGGAAUUUCUUGGUCCACGUACACCUACACCCGCAGAAGUUAAAUCUACGUACCCUUGUAACAGCCUAGAGUUUUAG